CCCCUGCCAGUGGGAAUGCCCAGAAAUCCCCCAACAUACGCCGGGGAGCGCGGCUUGGGGGGAAGGGGCAGUUGUGGGAUUCCAGAAGGGCUUCGUGUAUGGACUUCCUGCCUUGGAGGUAGCAGAAUAUUCAGCAGAAGAAAAGAUGAAAAGGAGUAUGCACUGAAGCAAAUUGAAGGUACAGGGAUAUCGAUGUCGGCCUGUAGAGAGAUUGCACUUUUACGAGAAUUGAAGCACCCCAAUGUGAUUGCAUUACAGAAGGUUUUCCUUUCUCACAGUGAUAGAAAGGUUUGGCUGCUGUUCGAUUAUGCCGAACAUGAUUUGUGGCAUAUUAUCAAGUUUCACCGUGCCUCAAAAGCAAAUAAAAAGCCCAUGCAGUUGCCAAGAUCUAUGGUUAAAUCACUACUCUACCAGAUCCUUGAUGGAAUCCAUUACCUCCAUGCAAACUGGGUGCUUCACAGGGACCUGAAACCAGCAAACAUUCUGGUAAUGGGAGAAGGUCCUGAAAGAGGAAGAGUCAAAAUAGCUGACAUGGGUUUUGCAAGAUUGUUCAAUUCACCUCUGAAACCUUUAGCAGAUUUGGAUCCAGUUGUGGUGACAUUCUGGUAUAGAGCUCCAGAACUGUUACUUGGUGCCAGACAUUACACAAAAGCAAUUGAUAUAUGGGCAAUUGGGUGUAUAUUUGCUGAGCUAUUGACUUCAGAACCUAUUUUUCACUGUCGUCAGGAAGACAUCAAAACGAGCAAUCCUUUUCAUCAUGAUCAGCUAGACCGCAUUUUUAGUGUAAUGGGAUUCCCAGCAGAUAAAGACUGGGAAGAUAUAAGGAAGAUGCCAGAAUAUCCCACACUUCAAAAAGACUUUAGAAGAACAACAUAUGCCAAUAGUAGCCUCAUAAAAUACAUGGAGAAACACAAAGUCAAGCCUGACAGUAAAGUUUUCCUUUUGCUUCAAAAACUUCUUACCAUGGAUCCUACGAAGAGAAUUACCUCAGAGCAGGCUUUGCAGGACCCCUAUUUCCAGGAGGAUCCAUUGCCUACGUCAGAUGUGUUUGCUGGCUGCCAGAUUCCUUAUCCAAAACGAGAAUUCCUCAAUGAGGAUGAACCCGAAGAAAAAGGAGAUAAGAAUCAACAGCAACAGAAUCAACAUCAGCAACAAACAGCACCUCAGCAGCAACCGCAAGCAGCACCUCAGCAACAGCAGCAGCAGCAAAACAGUACCCAGACAAAUGGGACUGCAGGAGGAGGUGGAGCAGGAGGAGGAGGCACUGGGGCAGGACUUCAGCACAGCCAGGACUCCAGCCUCAAUCAGGUGCCUCCAAAUAAGAAACCACGCAUAGGGCCUUCAGGCACUAACUCAGGCGGGCCUGUCAUGCCUUCAGAUUAUCAGUUUUGACCGUACCCAUAACCUCUGUGUGCCCUCAAAAAGGUAUUUCACACUGGCAACUAGAAAUGGAAAGUGACAUCAACUUGAUUGUUUUCUCAUUCCUGUUCCCUUGGUGAAGCAGUGGACAGUCAAAUACCAUCCUGCAAUGUUUCUCAUCCGGUUUUUGGAGAAGACAGGAGAGUGAGGAAUGGGAUUAGCAGCAUAGUCUACAUUGGUGAAGUUUAUGUAGCACAAACUGCACAAUGAAGGAAGAAUAUUGUGAAAGCUGCGAGUCCUGCACUGUAUCUGUGACACUGUAUCUUUUGGGGGGAGGGGGAGGGAAGAGCAUUCUGAGGGGAGGGUUGGGGGUAGCUUGAAGUAUUCAAAUAUGUCUAAUAUUUUAUAUAAACAUAUUAAAGCUUAGUUCCCCUUUGUAAUCUUCAGUAAUGGUACUUAAACACCAUUAAGCAAAGAAUUGUUUUAGGAUUAAAUAAAUGUAUUGUACAUAAGGCCAUAUGUAAUCUUCUAAAAGUGUCGCCACACAGGAGUGAUAUGUAUUACUAUAUGAAAAAAAUCCUUAAUGCACUGUUAUCUCCUAAAUAUUUAGUAGUAAAUUAAUACUAUUUAAUUUUUUUAAAAAUCUGUCUUGUGUAGACACUAAAAAGUAUUACACAAAAUGUGGACUGAAGAUGUCCUUUUUAACAGCAAUUUAAAGAACUUUUUAUAUAUGUAAUGUAGUAUACUUUUCAAAUUGUUCUAGUUUGUAUUCUCCCAAGUUUACUAUUGGUGGAAGUGUGUCUAUUUCUCUUCAGUUAUUUUUUUUUUAUAAUUUCAUGCACGUAUCCUUCAUUUUUGUAGUUUUUAUUAUAGAUUACUGCAUAUGCUCUUCAUGCUGUCACAAAGCUUUGCUGCUUUAGCUGUAUGGUGGCCACAUACAGCAAUAACCAUGCUGAUAGGUUUGCAAAAACACAAAACAAAAUAUUUGUUUUUCAUUCUAGAGCUAAGAGUUUACUGCUUUUAAGUUCUCCUCAUGUCACUCUUGAAAUGACUGUUAAAACUGAACUAUGAGUUCAUUGCAUUUAUUUUAUAUUCCUAGUUGUCAUGAAAUUGAAUUGACUUUGCUUCAGUGUGAAUUUUUUUAAUACAAAUAAUAUACAUUUGUAAUAAUAAUAAUAAUAACAAUAAUAAAAGGUUCAAAUCAAAGAAGUGUGCUGGAAAGUUGUGAACAUCAGACAUUGAGUUACAAAAGAAGCAAUGUAUCCUGCAGAGUUGCAACCUGUAAUUGUAUUCAGAUGUUUAUGAUAUCAUAAACCACACAAAACCGAGCUUGUAAAACCUCCAGUUUGGAAUUAUAGCCUUUUAAAAUACCCAAGAGGGUAUUCGUAUUUUGUAUGUACGGAAAUAGAAUGAAGCUUUAUGGAAAAACAAAACAGGUGGAAUGCUUUGUGUACUCUCUCUAAAGUGAUUUAGCAUGCAGCUUGGAUACCACUUAUAAAAAUAUAAAACUACCAA